AUGCGAGUGGAGCGCUGGUCCUUCAGUUUGUUUGAGCUGCUGACAGACCUCCGGGGUCGGGAUGACUUCAAGAUCUUCCUCAAAAAGGAGUUCAGCGGAGAGAACUUGGCUUUCUGGGAAGCAGCAGAGGAGCUGAAGUGGGGCACUGCCUCAUCUAUGACUUCCAAAGCUGAGACCAUUUUCAAAACCUUCCUGGCCCCCGGCGCCCCCCGCUGGAUUAACAUCGACGGCCGGACGAUGGGUCUGACGGUGAAAGGCUUAGACCACCCUCACCGCUACGUCCUGGAGGCUGCUCAGACACACGUCUUCAUGCUCAUGAAAAAGGACACAUUCUUCCGUUAUCUCAAGUCUCCAACGUACAAAGACAUUCAGAAAAAGGCCCUGAACCCUGAACCUCAUAACUUUAGGUAA